GGUUCGCGCGCGAGGAAAAUAUAACCUCGAAAACGUAUUUAUUACGUUAUUGCAUUGUUUUUUUCGAAGAUCACACACGCAAGACGACAGCAUUAUCAGUUAAAUCAAAAUGGAAAAGGAUGACGCAAAAAAACCACAGUUGUUCACAAAAAUUCGCUUCAAGUUCAAUUCAAAAGAAUCUUCUGAGAAAAAAGAAAAAGAAGAAAAUACCAAGAAAAGGAUGAAAACGUCACAGGAGGAAGAUAGUAAUUCGAGGAAAAGAUUGAAAAGUGAAGAUACCUGCAAAGUUAAAUGUAAGGGUGAAAAUAUUAGAAAUAUAAAGACGUCACAGAAUAAAGAUAGCGAUUUGACCGAAAAAUCGAAGAAUGAAGAUGCCAAUGAAGUUAAAUACAAGGAAAAAAAUAUUCAGCAUAGGGAAAAAACCUUACAGGAUGAAGAUAAUAAUUUGACGGAAAAAUCGAAGAAUAAAGAUGCUAAUAAAGUUAAAUACAAGACUGAAAAUAUCCGGAAUAAGAAAAAAAUCUCACAGAAUGACGAAAACGAUUCGACGGAGGAAUCAGAAAAUGAAAAUGCCCAUAAAGUUAAAGAUAUUGAGAAUAGAAUAAAUGCGUCACAAAAUAAAGAUAGUGAUUUGAUGAAAAAAUCGCAAAAUGAAAAUGCCUAUGAAAUUAAUAAGGAUGAAAACGACCGGAAUAGGAAAAAAACUUUACAGAGUGAAAACAAUGAUUUGGAAGUAUCAAAAAAUGAAGAUGCCAAUGAAGUUGAGAAUGAAAAUAUCCAGAAUGAGAAAAAACUCUCACAGGAUGAAGACAACGAUUCGACGGAAGAGAAUAAAGAUGUUCAUAAAGUUGAAUGUAAGAAUAAAGAUAGUGGGAAUAGGAUUACAACAUCAGAGGAUGAAGAGAAUGAUUUGAAUAAAAAUGAAAAUAAAAUUAAAUAUAAGAAUAAAAAUAUUAGGAACAGGAUAAGAACGUCACAAGAUAAAAAUAGUGAUUCAAUGGAAAUGGAUUCAGAGAAAAAAGGUACUUGUAAAGUUAAACAAAAAAAUGAAAAUAUCCCGAAUUGGAUGAAACAGAAGGAAGAUUCGAUGAAAGAAUCGGAGAAUGUAAAUGUUAAUAAACUUAAAUGUAAGGAUGAAAACAUCAGGACUGGAAUGAAAACAUCUCAGAAUAAAAAGAGCGGUUUGAAGAAACAAUUAAAGAGUAAAAAUAAACGUGAGACUGAAGAUAAUGAAAAAAAAAUAAUAGAGACGUUACAAAAUAAAAAUUCGGACAUGUCGAAAGAAAUGCGAAAAAACAAGUACAUUUGUGAGGUUGAAUUGAAAAAUGAGGGUGUAUUAGAAGACGAGUAUUGUAGCGAUGCGACAUAUCUAGCACAACAAAUAGCAUUAGCAGAGCAACUGGACAAAGAAGAAUUAGCGAAAUUGAGAAACUUAUGCGUGCAACUGAGACAUGAGGCACCGCCACAGCACUACAUUGAAACACGAGCUGGGUCUCACUCAGUAACACAAAAAGAAAAAGAAGAAUUUGAAAAAAUAAUACCGAUUAAAAGGGGCUUAUUUUCUUUUGAAGAGGACAAAAUUAUCGCUAAUAAUUGGAAGGCAUUUUGCAAGUUGCAUGAUUGGGAUGUAGAAAAAGUUGCACCUUUUUUAAAACUAAGAAACGGCACACAGGCAUACAUUCGUAAAAUCGAAGACAGACAGAGAUUUGUACAAUUUUUAGCCGAUGGUUUACCAGACAGAACUUUGUACAGUGUCUAUCAUAGAUUUAGAAAUUUAUACGAGAAUAAUCAACAAGGAAGAUAUAAACCUGAAGAAGACGAAAGAAUAAUAGAACACUUAGAACAUAAUCCAUUUCUCAAUGAAAAAUGCAAGUAUGCUGUUUUGGCUAAAGCUCUUCAGAGAACAAGACACUCCGUUUGGCGACGUUAUCGAAUAUUAAAAAAGAAAAACAAAAUACUUAAGGAUGAUUGAUUUAUUUUUAAUAAGUUAUUUUCGUCACGGU